AUGCCUCGCCGAUCUACUCAACCUGAUCAGACGUCGCCUGGAGCGCCUGUGGCGUCAAAGCGACGCGCUUCAGCAAGGCUGUCUGCCGCCGAAUCAGAGGUCAAACGGGUCAAGUCCAACGCUGACUUGUCUCUCCCCCAGGGGAGAUCCACAACCAGCAAGAGCAAAUACUUUGAGCCGGAAGACUCCGAAGAGCCUGUUUCAGAGUCCGAUGCCUCUGAGGAGGACUCCUCUGGCUCCGUGGGGAAGCAACGACAAAGCACAGGGGGUGGAAGCAACGAUCUGAAAGGCAAGGAGCUUUGGCGCGAGGGUGUCAGAACAGGCCUCGGGCCUGGACAAGAAGUUAUCAUCGCGAAGCCUAAGGCGCGAGACGCGGGGAAGACCCCGUACGAAGACGAAACACUUCAUCCCAAUACCAAGCUUUUCCUGAUCGAUCUGGCUGGUAACAAUGACCGCCAAUGGCUCAAAGCGCAUGAUCCGGAUUACCGCGCGGCAAAGAAGGAUUUCGAGACCUUCGUUGAGUCCCUCACGCCGAAGAUUGCAGAGGUCGAUGCUACUGUCCCCGAACUUCCUGUGAAAGACCUGGUAUUUCGCAUCCAUAGGGAUGUCCGCUUCAGCAAAAACCCACUUCCAUACAAGACACAUUUCUCCGCCGCCUGGUCCCGAACUGGUAAGAAGGGACCAUAUGCAGCAUACUAUGUCCACUUUCAACCAGGGUCUUGUUUUGUUGGCUCUGGGCUCUGGAACCCUGAGGCGCAGCCGCUUGCAUUGCUGCGAGAGGACAUCGACGAGAAUUCGGCCGGCUUGAAGGAGGUGCUUCGAGCACCAGAGAUGCGCCGCGAAUUUCUGAAAGGAGCGUCCGACGAUGACGAUGCAGUUGUGAAUGCUUUUACGCAUCACAACAGAGAGUCUGCUCUGAAGACGAAGCCCAAGGGUAUGCUGGCCAUCGACCCAUAUUCUACUCCUCCCUCUUAUCAGGCCAGGGGCACAAGGGUCGUCAUCGGGUUCGUAUCCAUCGUCCGACCGGAUCUGGCCUUGGGAACCAGAACCGCUCCUAUCUUCACCAACAAGUAUCAAUUCCAAGGCUUGACGGGUAAUUGCCCAACGAUUUCCGAUGAUGAAGAUCAGAAUCGACCGGUUGACCAAGCAGGUGCCUUGGUCGGGUUGCUGGAGCGCACCCAAGACGAAAACCUCCAGGCCUCAGCCAGAGAUGAAGAAGAUCUGGGACAUGAUAGACCAAGAGAAUCCCAGUGUGUGAAGUGCUUCAAUGCCUCACACUCAUCUGGAAAGAGAGAUGGCGGAAGACCACGCGCACGGGGUUACGGGAAAGGCCAACCCGUGUUUUGGGCCAGUUUUCACUCCCGGAGGCAACCCAUGGAACCCAGAAAACUAAAGGGCCAUGGUUACGAGGCAGACAACAAGAACAUCAAAUUGCUUCGACUACGCAGUUUCACCAUUGGCAAGCCUAUUGCAGACGAGGAACUCACUGGCGAGAAUGCACAGGAGAAGAUUGCUGCUUUGGUUGGGAUCAUGGAGCCUUUCGUAAGCCCUUUCUUCAAUCUAUUCCCGAUUUCCCACCCGAUUUCGUCCCCUCUGGACUAG